UCUGUAUAGUUUACAAUACCUAUUUGUGGUCUUAUCGUUGUAACUGAAAAAGAAAUAAAACUUACAAUUAUAAGUUCACAAUAAAAUUUGUAAUCGAUGCAACUUACACGGAUAGCUAGCAAUCUUUGGUUUUGCUUUAGAAACUGUAUUUAGGAAAGUACUUUUCCCUGCAUUAGGAAAGCCAACCAGACCAACGUCUGCAAUUAAUCUUAGAUCAAGAAUUAUGGUUCGACUUUCACCCUUAAGUCCACAGUAUCCUGUACUUUCGCAACCACCUAAACCACCCUUUGCAACCAGAACGUUUGCACCUUCUGAAUUUACUUCGCCUGUGUACAUAUAAAUGGAGAAAAUUGUAGUCGACCGUUGAAAUUAUGAAAUUCAAUGCAAAUAAAGCAUAAACAAGCAGUACCAAGUUUGACAUUGUUGCCGUCAUAAACGGUAAUACCUACUGGAACACUUAUACUCAGAUCUGUUCCAGGGGUACCGAUAAUUCCUCUCGAUGUACUUUCACCGCCUGGUCCAGCUUUCAAUUUGAAGCUUUUUAAUUUAGAUUUAACUUUUUCCAGAGUUAAAUCUUCUUUCGAUACAAUAAAUACAUUUCCUCCUGCACCACCUAUUCCACCGUAACGAGGAAGUCCGGAACCUCCAGGUCCUCCGGUUACGUGUACGCGUAAACUGUCAAUUAGUCCACGACGUCGAAAUUUUCUUGCCAACUAAACAGAUGGAAGAUUAUACACACUUCUCUUCUCUAUCCUGAAUUUUGAAACUGAUUUUUGGUUGCUGAUGCGACAUAUUCGAAUGAAAAAGAUGAACGUUGCGUGAAGAAGUUGAUCAAAUGGCGGCAAGUUUAAGUAGGCAAAGAGUGAAUUUGAUUGUACCUGUAACGAGUACGUGGAAUACAGAAAUCAAGAAGAGUAAUCAAGACUAAGAUUCGUUCUCGAGAAUUAGCUGACGCCAUUCGUCGACUCUGACUGCUCGCGUAUCACAAUUUAGGAGGCACCCUGUACGUACUAAAAUAAUUGUGCUCAGAAAGAUGUGCCGAAACUGGAAGCUCAUAUAAGCGGAAACAUUUCUUAUCGUUAGAGGCAAUUGAUUUAUUUCGAGAAGAUGGAUAGAGAUGACGAGGAUUUUGGAGAGGGUUUCAUCGCGGAAUCUCAUCCUCUUAGACCGACGCAUCUUUCCGUGCCCAUCAGUGGUCGCCCCGAUUCCAGAGCACCGAGUAUCAGUAGCAGCGUCAGUGAUCUAGAUGUCCCAAUUUAUGCGAGAGAUACCACUAUACCCGUCUCGGCACGUAAAGGUCUAAACGGACGGUUAGCGUUUGCUAUUGCGGCUGCUGCGCUCGGAUCGUCUUUCCAACAUGGGUACAACACCGGUGUCGUUAACGCACCUCAGCAGCUUAUCGAGGACUGGAUCAGCGAGCUGAAAACGAAUCGUACCGGUGUGCCGCCGAAACAAUCGGAGGUAACGAUGAUAUGGUCGAUAGCAGUGUCGAUAUUCUGUGUUGGCGGGAUGAUCGGCGGUUCUCUGGUGGGUUCUAUAGCCGAUCGUUUCGGUAGAAAGGGUGGUCUCUUACUGAACAACGUGCUGGUCCUCCUCACAGUAAUUUUCGAGGGCUGUGCCAAAUCAGCGAACAGUUACGAGAUGAUAAUCGUCGGAAGACUCCUGAUCGGUAUCAACGCGGGAUUGAAUGCCGGUCUAGCGCCCAUGUAUUUAGCCGAGAUAUCGCCUAUCCAUCUGCGAGGAGCCGUCGGAACGGUUUAUCAAUUGGUUAUCACCAUGUCUAUUCUCGUAUCGCAGAUUCUCGGGCUGGAGCAAGUGAUGGGCACGGUCGAUCAUUGGCCUCUUCUUUUAUGCUUGACGAUCGUUCCCGCGAUCUUCCAAGUGGCCACGCUUCCGCUAUGCCCGGAAAGUCCGAAAUUCUUGUUGCUCAGUAGAGGAAAGGACAUGGAAGCUCAAAGAGCUUUGUCCUGGCUACGCGGCACGAUCGAAGUUCACGACGAGAUGGAAGAAAUGAGGGCGGAGUACGAAUCGGUGAGGAUGGUGCCAAAGGUCACGCUGAAAGAACUCUUUGUGAAUCCUGCUCUUCGAAUCCCGCUGAUAAUCGCGCUCAUGGUGAUGUUCGCGCAACAACUGUCCGGCAUAAACGCUGUCAUGUUUUUCUCGACGAAGAUCUUCACGAUGGCGCAACUCGACAAGAACGCGGCACAGAAUGCAACGAUGGGUGUCGGAGCGAUGAACGUACUCAUGACUUUCAUUUCCUUGAUACUCGUCGAGAAGGCUGGAAGGAAAACGUUGCUUAUGAUCGGCUUCACCGGAAUGUUCAUCGACACUGCUUUGCUCGCGAUCUGUCUCGCUUUCGCUGACACGUCCCGCGCGGCAGCCUACUUUUCGAUCUUGUUGGUGAUCAUGUUCGUGGUCUUGUUCGCGACCGGACCCGGAAGUAUUCCCUGGUUCUUGGUAUCGGAACUGUUCAGUCAAUCUGCGAGACCAGCCGCGACUUCGGUCGCCAUCGCGGUCAAUUGGACAGCGAAUUUCAUCGUCAGUAUCGGAUUCUUACCAAUGCAAGAGACGUUAGGUGCUUACGUAUUCAUUAUUUUCGCGGUACUGCAAGCAUUCUUCACCUUCUUCAUUUACAAGAAAGUGCCCGAAACCAAGAACAAGACGAUGGAGGAGAUCAGUAGCAUGUUCCGACAGAUUUCUUACCAAUAGAACCAACGAGGACUCUGUGUUCCGUGUGCGAGCUUUCUCGCGUGUCUCGACAAAAUUCAAUGAUCCAGCAGUAAUUUGUUUCGAAAGGAACGUCCCGAGACGAAUGCGAACAACAAACCGAGCGCCGAUGCGAAUUUCUUAGAAGAAUCCGUGGCUUGACUGUAACGAGCGCAUCGCGACGACUCUUUCAAUUCGUUCGUUGUCAUCGAUCGUAACAAUGUUUUACCAACAAA